CGUUUAAGUAGGGUUUUCAGUCUGAUUUGCAUAUAUCCGAACUGAAGCCGCUUAAUCGUAGCAAUUUUCAAGGUUGCAGGAAGAUUCUUAUAAGGCAAGGAGGCGUCUGUCUAUAGUUUGUAACUCCCAUCUCAUUCUUCAAGGGGGGAAAAAAACCAUUGAUUAUGAGGAAGUUGGGUUAGGGUUUGAUGGAGAGAGUAGUUGAGAAGGGCAAUAAUUAAGAACUGGAUUGGAUUUGAGAUGACAAACAUGACCUUUGUCGGUUCCGCAGCACCUACUCCUCCAGCGCAGUCAUCACUAGUUCUGAGCGCAACCAACCCACAUGUGUUGUUCCUUUCAUAGUUUGGUUUUUACGGGGUUUGAUGGGUGGUGGGAAACAACAUUCUUCUCGGCCCUUUUAAGUUUUAGGUUCCCACCUUGUAUUGUCAUCUUUUUUUUUUUUUUUUGCAUGCCCCUCUUUUCUGAUCAACUAAGAUUGAGACUCUUUCGUGAUCGGUGCUUAAUUAGAAAGCCUUUUCAGGUGCUCUUGUUUCUAUCCCUCUUACGCUCUUGCUGGUGCAAUCAAGUUCCUAUAGCUGGCUUCAAAUCUACAGUCAUAUUCUGGCUUACCGGUGAGUCUUACAUAGGUUCUCAAAGGGAAGGGACCCAUCUCAUGGCCUUAUGUCAAUAGAUUCCCACCAGCUUACCCUUUUUUCUCUUCUUUUGUUUCUGAAUUUAUUUAUUUUUAAAAUAUCAAAACACUUACUUCCAGCACCACCAUAGGAACAGAUUGAUCACUAAAACACGGCUCCUUGAGAAAAUUUAGCACUUGGAAUGUCAAUAUCGGAAUAAGGAAAAGGAAAGAAUAUAUUUAGGGGCGCCUACAAUAAUAUCUUCGAGUAUGACUGCUCUUCCGCUAGAUUAGGACGAGUUGGGGGGUUGAUCAGGUUGCACAGGAAGACCCACACCACCAUAUAAUUAAAGCAAAAUCGCAAAGAAAAUGAGCAUGCUUUAGGAUAAUAUUAUACCAAAUCAUAUAUAAUCUAGAUCUAGGCCUUCAUUAGAACUCAGAUUUGAUGGAACUGAGUGGCUUAGAUAAGGAAAUAGAGAUGCCAUUACCAACCACUUCAGGUUGUAAUCCCUCCAACAGGGACUCAUCUUCUUCUCCAACUCUAGCUUCAACAGUAGGGGAGACGAGUAGUGAUCAACCCCUUCAAACUUCAGACCACUAUCAUCCUCAUCAUCCUCCUUCUCUGCCAUCGAACCCACUCCAGCAAUUUCAGAGAAACACAAGAGAUCCAGAUCCGCCGAGCGUAACAGCGAUCACACCAAUUGCUAGCAGAUCAAACCCAAGACCAGCAACAGGGACUACAGUAAGGUACAGAGAAUGCUUGAAGAAUCAUGCGGCGAGCAUGGGGGGACACAUCGUGGACGGAUGCGGCGAGUUCAUGCCAAGCGGAGAAGGCACUCCGCAAUCCUUGAUAUGUGCUGCUUGUGACUGCCACCGGAAUUUUCACCGGAAAGAGACCGAAGGUGAACUUCAAACUAAUGUCCUCAAUUACUACGCCUGCCCUCCCUGCAAAAGCAAUAACGCGCAAAGAGGGCCGUUCCCGCCAUUUAUGAUGGCCUUCGGCGGCGGCAGCGGGGCGGCGGAGUCUUCGAGUGAAGAUCUGAACAUGUUUCAGUAUAAUGAUGCGGGCGGGCAAGGGUCAGUACAGCCGGUACCGUCAUCGAAGAAGAGGUUUAGGACCAAGUUCAGCCAGCAGCAGAAGGAUAGGAUGAUGGAGUUUGCGGAGAAGUUGGGAUGGAGGAUCCAGAAACAUGACGAGCAAGAAGUGCAGCAGUUUUGCAAUCAAGUGGGUGUGAAGCGGCAGGUCUUCAAGGUUUGGAUACACAAUAACAAGCAGGCCAUGAAGAAGCACCAAAUAUUUGACGGAAGCUGAUCAUGCAGAACCAAACAAAUGGCGGUGCCUUGCAUUCCUUUGAUGGUUUAUUACUACACACGAAGGUUUGUGCAACGGAUUUACCCUAGUUGCAGGAGCGCUGGCGUCACACAAUCAAAAUUAUUUAACUCCCUUAGAGUAAGAACCUAUGUAAUGCCUCUGGCAUCAAAGUAAAUCACAUUUUGAACAGUUUCUUGGUUCGAGGCAAGGAAAAAGUGAUUAAGAUUGUUGAAAUUUGUACUGGUACGAAUAGAGGUAUUUCACAUUGAGAAAAAAUAUUGUGAUCAUUGUACACAAGCAAGA